AAUUUUUUAAUCUAGUCAUUCAAUGAAUGCAACAUUGUCUUUGAAACAACACUGUCAGCCAAAGUUAGGGAAGGUGUCCUCCAUUUUUGUAGUCACCAACUACCCCCAAAUACUUUUUUUUUUUUAAUUUGUUAGGUAAUAAAUUUAAUUUAUUAUUAAAAAGUUAUAACAAAAAAUCGAUUUUUCCUCUAUAAAUAGAAACCAAUAUUGGAUAUGUUUGGUCCCUUCGAAUUUUACCACUUUUUUGACUCUUGCAUCUUAUUUUAUGUCUUAGAAUAUUUCUUCUAAAAAUGGAUUCAAUCCAUUCUUCACAUAGAUACUAUACUACCAGCCCUCAUCCAAAGAAUUCCUCUUAAUAUAAUUGCACAAAUAGAAAUCAGUUCAUAAAGUACUUGAAAACAAAGUAUAGGAUACAAUUCUUAAAUCCUAAUUCUAUUGGGGCCAACCCUCACAGGUACUUCAUCAAGCUAACGCAGCGUCCUAGCCGAUAGAACCUCUUGAAUACCCUCAUAACAAUAAGUUAUUUAAUAAAAAAAGUUGUUAUACUAGUAGCAAAAAAGAAGAUUAUUGACAAAAGAAUAAUAGCUACUCCCUCCGUCCCUUAUUGUUGUUCCAUUUGCGGAUUACGAGGUUGACCGACGAUAAAGUUAAAUGAUCCCUGUGAAAACUCGGAUUAUUUUUAGUAAAUAAAAUUUACAUAUUCAGAAACUACAUUAAACCCGCUACAAAGCCUGCAAAAAAUAAUUCAACUUUUAUAAAAUUUUGAUAUAAAAAGUAAGAGAUUAAGAGUGAUUUAAGUUGACCAGUGAAUAGUAAAAUGGAACUUCUUUCAGGGACAGAGGGAGUACUACGUAGUAGUAGUUUUUUAUACACAUGCAAGUCUCCAAAUUCUCUUUGUGUGUGUCUGUUUGAAAGAGAUAGACUGAUAGAGUGACUGCUUCUCUACAUUCUUCUCAUUCCACCACCAGCUUCAUUUCUCAUGUGUACCUGAACUAGCUGAGCUUCCCAUUCUCUCUUUCACAGUUGCAAAUUCAUCGACCAUCCAACAAUUUACCGCACUUCUCCAUGAGUACCUUUGCAGUAAGGCAGUAACUCCUUAGUCUGUUCCAGGAUCUUACAUUUUCGCUGCAUCAGUGAUUGCAGUGGAUCCAUGAAGCAUGCCUCUUACUUGUUUGAAAAAAUUCCUGAACCAAACGUAGCUGUUUGGAAUACGAUGAUCAAGAGUUUUUCAGAAGCAGGGAGUCCUAGAAACGCGGUUGCUUUGUAUUUGGAGAUGUUGAGGAACAAUGUGAAACCGGAUGACUACACGUACCCCUUCUUGCUUAAGGGGUUUACACGUAAAAUUCCAAUGACGUUGGGGAAAGGAUUGCAUUCUCACGUGUGUAAAUUUGGGUUCAACUCCAAUGAAUUUGUUAAUCAUUCUUUGAUACAUAUUUAUUUCAUGUGGGGGAAUGUUCAUAUGGCUCGCAGCUUAUUUGAUCAGGGUGCUAACACCAAUGUGAUGAUUUGGAAUGUCAUGAUCUCUGGGCUCAAUAAAUACAAAAUGUUUCAGGAAUCAAGGAGACUCUUUUAUGAAAUGGAUGAGAAAGGAAUAAUGCCCACUGCAGUUACUUUGGUUUCAGCACUAUCUACUUUUUCCGAGCUGAACGAUUUAGACUCUGGAAAACGUGUACACCAGUAUGUAAAAGACCUUAAGGUUGGAUCUAAUUUAAUCCUUGAUAAUGCUUUGAUGAAUAUGUAUGCAUGUUGUGGAGAGAUAGAUUCUGCUAUCAAGAUAUUUCUCACAAUGAAGCAAAGAGAUGUUAUAUCAUGGACCACAAUCGUCACAGGUUUCAUCAGUUCUGGAGAUAUGGAUUUAGCAAGAAUGUAUUUUGACAAGAUGCCAGAGAGGGACUCUGUUUCAUGGACAGCAAUGAUUGACGGCUAUAUCAAAGAAAACCGGUUUAAGGAUGUUUUGAUCCUCUUACGUGGAAUGCAAGCAGAAAAUUUGAAACCGGAUGAGUUCACCAUGGUUAGCGUUAUCACUGCAUGCUCCCAUGUCGGGGCACUUGAGCUUGGAGAAUGGGUGAGGAACCACCUCGACAAGAACACGAUAAAAUUUGAUCUUCAUAUUGGCAACGCUUUGAUAGACAUGUAUUUCAAAUGUGGUGACGUGGAAAAGGGAGUUGAUAUGUUUAAUCGUUUGUCCAGAAGGGACAAGUUCACUUGGACGGCCAUGAUUGUUGGCCUUGCUGUCAACGGACAUGGACUAGAAGCUCUAGACAUCUUCUCCCAAAUGCUGAAAUCAUCAGAAAAACCUGAUGAUGUCACCUUUGUCGGCGUCCUUUCCGCUUGCGCUCAUACCGGUAUGGUGGAGGAAGGAAGGAAUUUCUUCAACAAAAUGAAAUCACUGUUUGGAAUUGAGCCUAAUAUCACACACUAUGGCUGCUUGGUUGAUCUUCUCGGACGGGCUGGGCAGUUGACUGAAGCUCUUAAGGUUAUAAAGUGCAUGCCUUUGAAUCCGAAUCCAGUAGUAUGGGGAGCUCUCCUUGCUGCUUGCAGGGUUCACAAGGAUGCAGAAAUGGCAGAAAUGGCAGCUGGGCAACUUCUUGAGAUAGGAGCAGAAAAAGGAUCUGUAUAUGUUCUGCUGUGCGACGUAUAUGCAGCCUGCGAGAAAUGGGAAAGUCUGCGCUGGAUAAGAAGAAGAAUGAGGAACGAGGGGAUCACGAAAACAGCCGGGUGUAGUAGCCUGGUGCGUGGCUGAUUGAGGCGUGUGGCGAUUUCAUCAUUCAUAUAUACAUGAGUUUAGUGGUGCACACGCACCUUCAGUCCGGUUCCAAGAUGGACGGUUGACCAGAACAAACUUGCACAUCAAGUCUUCUGGCUUGGUCUGGCGUGUGGCCUGAGAGGCUGAGAUUAAAAUCAAUUCAACGACUUGAGGUUUCAUCUAAAAGGUUAACGUGUGAGGAGGAAUAUCUCAUAAAUUUAUAUUUUAAUUUGAUAUCUUUUAUACUUUUUUGUGUUGGAUAGAUACUUGAACAAAACGCACCAUGUAAGCUAAAGAGUGUAUAAGCAAUCAUGACAAUCAGAUAAUGAAAAUGCUUCAUGUUGUUGCUGUUG